UUUUUCAUAUUUUUAGCCCUUUUAUAUUUCUAAAUUAAUAAAUAAACGUAGACAAGAUUUAUUCUCUACUUUGUCCUUGUCUAUGCCUAACAAUAUCUAGGGCAAAAAUAAAAUUAAAACUAAAAUCAAAUAAUCCAAUAAGACUAAAACUAAUCAAAAUAGCUACAAUUGCAAACCCUAACUUUAGUCUAUAUUUUUGGCCUAGAUAUUGUUAGGCAUAGACAAGGACAAAGUAGAGAAUAAAUCUUGUCUUUUUUUUUAUUUAUUAAUUUAAAAGCACAACAACAAAUGCCAAAAUUCCAUUCAAUUAUUUCAAGAUUUAUUAUUCAUAUUGGCAUAUAUCCUUCAAGUUGUCCUAUUUGUUGUCCUAUUGACCAAUUAAGCUUAAGCCCUUCAUCUAUAUAUGUUCACUUCUUCGUUCAUUUUUUCAAUACAUAGGCAAAAAAAAACACUUGAAAUUUUCUUAAUAAUAAUAUGGAAGUAGUUAUGGUUCCUUACCUAUUAGCUCUACUAUUCCUCCCUCUCUGUUUAAUGUUCAUCCUCCGUAAACGCGAUUCGAGUAGUAAAAGCCUUCCACCAGGAACUUGUGGAUGGCCAUUGUUAGGAGAAAACGUGGAGUUUGCUCUUUUAGGCCCUCAGAAAUUCAUCAAAGAUAGGAUGGAGAAGUACUCGGCCCAAGUGUUUCAAACAUCAAUCAUGGGAGAGAAAAUGGCAUUCUUCUGUGGUGCACAAGGGAACAAGUUCUUGUUCUCAAGUGAGAACAAACUUGUCACCUCAUGGUGGCCACAAUCGAUGAAGAAGGCGUUGCUUUUCCCUGAAUUCGUAGAGAGUUCAUUGAAACAAGUAUCGGCUUUAAAACGUAGUUUUCUUCAUGACAUUCUUAAGCCUGAGGCUCUAAAACAAUACAUUCCACUUAUGGAUGCAAUGGCUCGCCAACAUUUACAUCAAAAUUGGGAUUCUAAUAGAGUAGUCACAGUUUUCCCUUUAUCGAAGAAGUACACAUUUGAUUUAGCAUGUCGAUUGUUCAUGAGUCUCGUUGAUCCUGAAGAAAUUAAGAGAUUGGCUGAUCCUUUUACUCUUGUUACCAAUGGGAUGUUCUCAAUGCCUAUUGAUUUGCCCGGAACAGCUUAUCAUCGCGCUAUCAAAGGGGGGACGAUGGUGAGGGAUGAACUUAUGAGGAUCAUAACACAGAGGAGAAAGGAAUUGACAGAGAAUCAAGAGACAUCAGGCAGAGACUUGUUGUCGAAAAUGCUACUUGUUACUGAUGAAGACGGACAAUUCAUGAGUGAAAUGGAGAUUUCAAACAACAUAAUAGGAAUGCUAGUCGCGAGCUUUGAGACUACUAGUAGUGCAGUCACGAGUGUACUAAAGUACCUCGCUGAACUUCCCCACGUUUACGAUCAAGUUUACAGAGAGCAAAUGGCAAUUGCAAAGUCAAAAGGAGCAGAGGAUUUGUUAACGUGGGAGGACAUUGAGAAGAUGAAGUAUUCAUGGAAUGCAGCUCGCGAAUCACUGAGACUAACGCCACCAGCUCAAGGAUCAUUUAGGGAAACAAUCACUGAUUUUACCUAUGCUGGUUUCACAAUUCCAAAAGGGUGGAAGACGUUUUGGUCAGUUCACUCGACACAUAAGAAUCCAAAGUACUUUUCUGAUCCAGAAAAGUUCGAUCCUUCAAGAUUCGAAGGAAGUGGUCCUGCACCUUUUACAUUUGUACCAUUCGGAGGAGGACCGCGUAUGUGCCCUGGAAAAGAGUAUGCUAGAUUGGAAGUGCUAGUGUUUAUGCACAAUGUAGUGAAAAGGUUUAAGCUUGAAAAGGAGAUUCCUGAUGAGAAGAUUGUGUUCCAUGCUUCUCCUGUUCCAGUUUAUGGCCUACCUGUUCGCCUUCUGCCUCAUGGAAAUUAACUUGAUCAUCAUACUGUUGUUCUUUUCAUUUGGUUUGGUAAAUCAUCAUCUCUAAUAUAGACCUGAAAAAUAAUUGUGAUGUAGUAUGUCAAUAACUUGUAUUAUCAAUUUAUGGAAAUGCAGUAUAUGUUAUACUCUACAAUUAGUUUGUGUUUACUAGUAAAGUAGUUCUGUUUCCAAGGGGAAAGAUACCUAAAUUUCACUAGAUUAGGACUUAAUUACUUAGAUUUCACCAUUCUAGUUUGUAAUAUUAUGUAUAUUAUCGGAUUUUGGUGCGCCUGGAUACGUCAAACACGUCGAGAAAUAUGUAUAUCGAAAUACAUGGGGUCAAAAUUAAGUGUAAUUUGCUCUAGAUACACUGUAUCCAAGUGGACUCGCAUGUAUUUGAGAUACAUAUAACCAAUUUCGCUCGUCUCUUCCAUCUCGCUCUCUAUAUACUCUCUAUGUAUUUCGUAUCCUAAAUACAUGUGGAUCACACCAAAUAUAUGUAUUUGUGUGUAUUUAGUGUGAUUGGCAUAUAUUUGAGAUACAUAACAAAUAUUGCUUGUCUUUCUCCCUAUUUUAUCCCGUAGCAAAAAUACAUUUAUUUAUGUGUAU